UUGAGAUGACGUGAUAUCAACGAAUAAACUAAUAAGUUAAAUGAUUAUUUCCUCAAAAAAUUAUAAUAGAAUUACUAGAAAAAGGAACCGCAGUCCAAGCGGCUACUCCACUACCUGCUUGUAUGGAAAGGUUUCAAAUGAUAGUUGGUGGGGCAACUGAUUGGGGAAGUAAUUUGACUUGUCCAGAGACGGACUUGCAGCACAUGCACGAUACAUUUUCUAUAAAAAAACAGCAAAUCCUCUAGAAAGAAACUACAAGAUUCCCAAAAAGGCCACAGCAGAAAUUUCUGGAGGCAACCAAGCAGCUGUUCCAGUAGUAGAUGUAAAGCACUUUAAAAGUUUUCAAAUGGCCCCUUCUGUAAACACCCCUUUAGCAGCCUCCUAUUAUAAUUACCCUUAUGAUCCUAAUUCAGCAUCUGCAUACUAUAACUACUAUAAUAAUUAUACAACAGGAACUCAACAAGUAGCUACUUAUAACUUUUCUCUGUAUGGCGUCCAGACAUAUAAUAAUGCAGGGACAACCAAUAAUGUUAAUGCAUGUGCAAGAGACAAUAGUAAUGCUGAAACUCUCACUGUAACAGGCAUGAAUGUUGACCCACCAUUACCUCCAAACGGUAUAACUACCGUUGAAGGUCUUAAAAGGAACAUUUUUGAAACUUAUAAUAGUAUUAAAGAAAAGCCAAAGACUUAUGGAUUAGGUGGAAAAACAAUGCAGAAUAAUGAAAGCCAAACUGCAGUUGGUGAAGGAAGAAACAUUAAUAAAAUUGAGGAACACGGUAAUAAGGAAGAAAAAGGGAAUAACUUUAAUAUAAUGCAAGACUUUAAUAAUCGAAAGAAUACGAGUCAAAGUCCAGAGUCUCUAAAUAACGGUAGUUUUGAAGGCAUAUUCCAAAAUCAAGACCAUAACCAUCAAACAAGAUUUAAUAAUAGAAAGAAACAAGAAAAACAUCUUAAUAAUUACGGAUUUAGUAACAAUCAGGAAUAUUUUCAAAACAAAAAUAAUCAACAAGACCCCAAAAUUAACCGAAAUUUUAAUAUGAACAAUCGGUGGAAAACAGGAAAUAUUCAGCAAUGGACCAAUACAGAACGAAACCUUUUCCAAGCCAACCACAUUUAUAAUGAAAGUUUCCUUCAAAACUAUCAAGGGCAACAAAGCUUCUUUAACGGCCGUGGACGCUGCUAUGUUUACAGUCGAAGGUUUAACAACAAAUUUCCAAAUGAAGCAAGAUUCGGGAAAAGACAGUUUAAUGGUGAUAAGUGGGGUUAUGAUCAAUAUGAAACAUGCCUGGAAAAAGGGUAUGGGCAAUAUUCUGAACAGGGCGGUGCUGAAAAAGCUUUUGAGUCAAAUGGCAAAUACAAAGGUUUUGGGUUCACUAGCCAGAAGAAAAAGAGGAAAGAACCUUCAGUAGAAUUACCAGUGGAACAAACUGUCCCCGACCUAUUGGAUGACACAUUACCAAAAGACCUAAAAAUUUUAUUUCAACCCCUUUUUUGUAAAUUAUGCGAAUUACAAUUGUCCAGUAAUCAAACCGCUAAGAUGCAUUAUAAAUCCAAAAAUCACGAGAAAAAAAUACGAAAAUGGCUCACGGAAUAUGCCGAGAAAACUGGCGAACCUCUACAUCAUAGAGCUACCACCAGGGGCCAAGACAAGAAAAAAACUAACAAGGAGGAUGCUGAAAAAAAUCCUAGUUGGUUUCAUUGCGACAUUUGUGAUUUAGACCUGACUGGAAGAAUGCACGCUGAAUCUCACUAUAUGGGUAGAAACCAUCAAAAAGCAUUAUUGGGACAUAAAAAUCCUGCCGGCAAUGGAUAUUAUGACGCUGAUGGCAAAUGGAUAAGGAUCAAGAGCCAUAAGUCAAAGUCCUACGACUUUGAGAAGGGAGAGGACAACUUUGGCUUGGCGUUUAAACCGGAUGGUGACCCCGCGGCCAGAAUCAGCGAUGAACCGCCUUCGAAAAAGAAGAAAAAGGACCCCGUUAACCCUAAAGAGUUUCACUGUGAAGUUUGUAAUAUUAACACUACCUGCCAGGAGCAGCUGAAUACGCACUUUAUGGGUCAAAAACACGUCAAAAAGUUAAAGCAACUUGGUUUGGAGAACCAUACUACCAAAAGAAAGUCAAUUGAAGAAUCUGUGUUAGUAGCGGACUUUCCAACAAUCCCCAGCGUUGUCGCGUUAGAACUUAACAUAAACGUGGCGGCUCACCGGACACCCUCUGGCGACUAUUACUGUCCAACCUGCAAUCUCUCGCUUAAUUCCGAAGUGCAAUUCCUGCAGCAUAUGAAGAGUAAAGGACACGGAAAGAAACUGGCCCAGAAGAAGAAAGAUGACGCACCUCCAGCUGCCAUCAUUACUUCACCUAUUGUAACUAUCGAGAAUGAUACUAGUAGCUUAGUGAAUAUUUCAGAACCAGUUACGAAAUAAUUUUUUUUGUUUUUUUUUUUAAUUUAAAAUGGAUCCAGUUUUGUUGUAAGAGAUCAAAGUUAGAAUUGUUUUAUCGAAUGUUAAUAUAAUUAAUUCAAAGAUA